AUGAAAAGCUCCAUUACAGGAACAAUUGUAAAUGUGAAAACCAUUCGUAAAUCAGUGAGUACACAACAGGAAUUAGUUCAGGUUGACACCACAGAUAUUUUGUUUGUUGCAUCUGGUGCCUUUACUGCUUUGGACCGUAUAGUUGGCAGACGAUUAGAUAAAAAAACACUUGGCUUAGGCGUACGGUCUGGAACACAGCGAAUUACCGAUGAUGAUAAGUUAGAAGCAACUGUUUCGAAAAAAAGAGACUACCUUUUGCGGCAGGCAGAUCAGGGAGAUCUUAUUACUUUUGGAAUUGUACCUGAACUUGUAGGACGCUUCCCAGUUAUUGUACCGUUCCACAGUUUAGAUAAGGACAUGCUUAUAAGGGUGUUAACUGAACCUUCGAAUUCAUUACUUGCUCAAAAGAAGCUAGAAUUUGCCAUGGAUGGUGCGGAUCUAUCUUUUUCUUCAGAUGCAUUGGACGAAAUUGCUGCGCUUGCAAUAGAACGUAAAACUGGAGCGCGUGCCUUACGUUCUAUUGUGGAAAAGGUGCUGCUUGAAGCAAAGUUCAUGGUACCCGGGAGUGAUAUUGAAUGUGUUCACGUUACCAAAGAGUGUGUAACAGGUAAAGCUGAUUGUAUGUAUACAAAACGAGCACAGCAAGCUACGGGUUAA